CCGGAGCGCAUUCCUUAACACCGCUCACAGUGGAGACACACGACGGCCGCUGUCUCUCGAACCCGUGCGGCGACUCCGGGACUGCCAAACUGGGCACCAGGGCCUGCGGAUAUCCAUCGAGCACUUUGGGUUUACCUUAAAAUCGGCCGAAUAAGCCAGCCAAAGCAAAACCAGACCGUUUCGAGAGCUCAGCAGCGAUGUCGGAGUUUCUGGUGAAUCUGCUCGGAGAGCGGCUCGUCAACGGGGAGAAAGCCGAGGUGGAUGUUCACUCGCUGGGCAGUAAGCUGUCUCUGCUCGGGCUCUACUUCGGCUGCAGUUUGAACGGUCCCUGCAAACAGUUCAACGCGAGUCUCUGCGAGUUUUACAGCAAGUUUAAGAAAUCCUCGGAGCACAAGGACAAAUUGGAAAUCGUCUUCAUCUCAUCGGAUCAGGACCAGAAACAGUGGCAGGACUUCUUGCAGGAGAUGCAAUGGCCGGCGUUGCCUUUUAAAGACAGACACAAAAAGAUGAAGCUUUGGAACAAGUACAAGGUGACUAGUAUUCCUUCUCUGGUGUUCAUCGAUGCUACCACGGGGAAGGUGGUGUGUCGAAACGGCUUGCUUGUGGUUAGAGAUGAUCCAAAAGGCCUGGAGUUCCCCUGGGGGCCGAAGCCCUUUGCGGAGGUGGUGGCCGGGCCCUUGCUCAGGAACAACCGACAGACGACAGACAGCAGUGCCCUGGAGGGAUCCUAUGUGGGGGUUUACUUCUCUGCACACUGGUGUCCUCCUUGUCGCAGUCUAACCCGAGUGCUGGUGGAAUCGUACCGGAAAGUGAAAGAAUCAGGGCAAAAAUUUGAGAUUGUGUUUGUCAGUGCUGAUAGGUCAGAGGAGUCAUUUACGCAGUAUUUCAGCGAGAUGCCGUGGUUGGCGGUGCCGUACACAGACGAGGCCAGGCGGUCACGACUCAACAGACUCUAUGGAAUCCAAGGUAUCCCCACACUGAUUUUACUGGACACAGAGGGUCACAUGAUCACGCGACAGGGCCGGGUGGAGAUUCUCAACGACCCUGACUGUCGGCUCUUCCCGUGGCACCCGCGGCCCGUGCUGGAGCUUAGCGAAUCCAACGCCGUGCAGCUGCAUGAAGGCCCCUGCUUGGUUCUGUUCGUAGACGCUGAGGAAGAAGGAGAGCUGGAGCCGGCCAAGGAGCUCAUCCAGCCAAUCGCAGAGAAGAUCAUGGCUAAAUACAAGGCAAAGGAGGAGGAGACACCACUGCUCUUUUUUGUUGCUGGAGAGGACGAUAUGAGCGAUUCCCUGCGGGACUACACCAACCUGCCUGAGGCCGCGCCUCUCCUCACCAUCCUGGACAUGUCGGCCCGUGCCAAAUACGUUAAAGACGUGGAGGAAAUCACACCUGCUGUGGUAGAACAGUUUGUUAAUGACUUUCUGGCCGAGAAGCUCAAACCGGAGCCCAUUUGAAGUCCUCGAGCUCCCUGCGCCCUGUUACCCGAACCUCCAUCUGGCCCUUGACCUCCAGGCGUGCUCUCUCUUCUCUUCCUGUCAGACUGUUCGAACAGACGCGUACUUUGUAUUGACAUUUUACUUCUUUUAAUACGUGCCCCUCCAUCUCGAAGUGGCGGCCGCCUCCUCCUGUGGUGCCUUGCAUUUACUACAGCGCUGAUGGUAAAAUGCAGAUUUUAACGUUGAUUGUCUUUUGCCGUUACAUUUAGAGAUUAGAUUGAUCCCUGCAGCUGCAAGUGAACACGAAUUUGUUCCGAUUUGCUUUUAUUGAGAUUUUUAUCAAGUGUUUCCUUCUAUCCUUGGAUAUUGUUUUAAGAAUCAAGAGCUUAGAAUAAAUAUAGCUUGGUAGAUGUAUUAUUAUUAUUAUUUUUCCACAGACACUGCACAUUUCACGUGGCCAUACGUUAUGUGAUUCUCUACUUAUGGGUGCUGAUAAAUAUGCAUACAUGGGCAAGCUGAUGUUAAUAUCCUUGUAUAGAAGGCGCUAUCUAUUCUUCGUGUAGCUGCCGCUGUUUAUUUUUAAUGCAGUUGUCUGUAGUUGAUUCUUUAAAGGUCUUAUUCGCCCACCUUCUUGUUGAUAUUUGAUGUUGAAUGACUGAUCUGUUCCCAUCUCAAACAUGACAUUUAAGUGGAUUUUCUGUGAAGGUCCCCUGUAUUAAGCGGUCUAUGUUUUUUGAAGGCACAAUAAACGGCAUCUAAUUGCAAGCUUCCUUAUGAAAUGUAGCCAAUUAAAGCACACAGUCUGUCUGUCCUUGGUUGUGUUUGAAAUGUCAUAGCCAUUAAAACUCACUGUUUAAAAUGUC